AUGCCUUGCAUACCCCAAUCUUUAAAUGAGGCUGCUCUCGAGCACUUCAUCUAUACACCUGUCAGCACCCAGAUGGUCAGUUACCUCGCAGCCAAGGCUACAGAAGUCAUUCAGUGCGAACUUCCACCUAUGCAAUCGAGUCACCUUCUACCCUCACCUCCGCAAACACCACCGACCGACUCCUCUGACCCUGACCUUCCCUCCCUCGAACGAUUCAUCAGUUCUCUAGUCCGAAAGUCAAAUGUUCAGGUACCAACACUCAUGACUACCUUGGUCUACCUCGAGCGUCUCAAGAAACGGCUACCACCAGUCGCAAAGGGCUUGAAGUGUACUGUCCACCGAAUCUUCCUCGCAGCACUCAUUCUCUCCGCCAAGUUCCUCAACGACUCAUCGCCAAAGAACAAGCACUGGGCUGAAUAUUCCAGUGUGCGGGGUUACGAACCAUUUGGUUUCUCACGGACUGAAGUGAAUCUGAUGGAGAAGCAACUCCUCUACCUUCUGGACUGGGACCUCAACGUUUCAGAACACGACCUCUACCUUCACUUCGAUCCAUUCCUGGCACCUAUUCGGUCCGACAUCCUGAGACAAGAGGAGCAUGCGCGCGCGAAGGAGAGCAGGAAGAGAGCCAGAGAGCAGCAGAAGACGGAAGAGGAGGCAAGUCGCAUUCAGUACGAAGUUGCAAGUCAGUACUGGGUGCCUGGUAUCGAAGAGAAGGACCAAUCUUUCUACCAAGGUCAAUAUCUCGAUCCAGCUUCGAUGGCUAUAGCACGCCCGUCCUCUAGAAUGACCUACGACUCACCACCUCCCACUAACGAAGUUCCUGAUUUGGCACGAAGUGGUACCGCCGACACCUACUCCACCGUCUCCUCCUCGUCUUCAUCAUACAUGUCCAACUACUCAAGACAAGGCACCCCGGUUUCGAGUAUCGGCAGCAGCUACCUGGAAGAGAUCGAACAGGCAUAUGGUGAAUUACCCCAGCAAUACACCCAAAGUCCUACCCAUGUUGUGCGGGACAUUGUUCACGUGCACAUUGCAAAUCAACACAUCGGUACCGGCAAGCACAGCAUGUUACCUUAUGAGAUUGAGCGGGAGGUAGUGGAGGAGAAGGCGGCGAAGAAGCCACGACUUGGAGGAAAUAUAUUUUCGAGAUUCUUGAACAAGGAUAGGCAAUACGCGUAG